UUGAUAAUACACACAUAAGAAGGAGACACCAGACUGCAAGGCUAUAUACUCUUUGUCUGCUCUUUUGGCAAGUGGACCAGCCAUCUACAAACUUUUGGCAAUUGGAAGAUGCCAUGAUCCGCACCUUCACAGUACUGCUUUGUCUUGGACUGAGUCUGCUCCUGAGGGAUCCAGGGUUGUCAGGGUACCGCCAUAAACCCUUAAUCAGAGCUACACCAAAGAAUGUGGUAGCCAUUGGGGAUCAAGUAACUAUAAUUUGUGAAGACUCCCCAGAUGCCCUGGAAAUAUCUCUCUAUAAAGAAGGAAACCCAGAUUCCCAGAAACUAACAAUUCAUGGAGACACUGAUGAAAAGGUGUUUUUUAUCUCAUCCGUUGAAAGUCACAAUGCAGGCCAAUAUUGGUGUCACUAUAGAGACCCUCAUGGGAAACAAGAAGACAGUGACACCAUGGAGAUUGUUGUGACAGGAGUCUACACCAGGAAACUCAGACUUUCAUCGAAGCUCAGCUCUGUGGUGUACUCAGGGGUUGCUGUGACACUUCAGUGCUCCUCACAAGAAAAAUAUGACAGCUUCAUUCUGAUGAAGGAAGAUGUGAAAUUCUCCGGUCCCGUAGCCUCACAGAACACAAACACUGGUCUUUUCCAGGCCCAGUUCCAAGUGUCUUCUGUGACCUCCAACCAAAGAUGGAGGUUCACAUGCUAUGGCUAUUACCAGAACAGCUCCUAUCUGUGGUCAGUACCCAGUAACCACCUAGAACUGGUGAUCUCAGGAAGACUUCAGAAGCCCACCAUGAGUGUUAAUCCAGGCUCUGUGAUCAACAGAGGGAAUUCUGUGACUAUCUGGUGCAAGGGAACUACGCAAACCCAGAUAUACUUCCUGCAUAAAGAAGGAACCCCAGAUCCCUUGAAGAAACAGACUCCUCAUGGGAUCCCUGACAGUGUCAAGUUCUCCAUCACAUCAGUGGAAUGGCAUCAUGCAGGGCUAUAUCGCUGCUACUGUUACAACUCUGCUGGGUGGUCAGAACGCAGUGAGGCCCUGGAGCUGGUAGUGACAGGAGUCUACACAAGCAAAGUCUCCUUGUCAGCCAAGCCCAGCCCUGUGGUGACCUCAGGAGGGUCUGUGACACUUCAGUGCUCCUCACAAGAAAAAUAUGACAGCUUCAUUCUGAUGAAGGAAGAUGUGAAAUUAUCCGGUCCCGUAGCCUCACAAAACACAAACACUGGUCUAUUCCAGGCCCAGUUCCAAGUGUCUACUGUGACCUCCAACCAAAGAUGGAGGUUCACAUGCUAUGGCUAUUACCAGAACAGGUCCUAUCUGUGGUCAGUACCCAGUAACCACCUAGAACUGGUGAUCUCAGGUGUCUACCAGGGUAAACCAAAUCUGUCAGCCUUGCCCAGCCCUGUGGUGAUGCCAGGUGGGAAAGUGACCCUACAGUGUGUCUCAUCAAAGCCAUUUGAUUGCUUGGUUAUAACUGGGGAAGAUCAGAAUUUCUCCAGCUCACCCAAUGCUCAGUGCAUUCACACUGGACAGUCCAAGACUCUGUUUCUCAACAUCUCUGUGACAUCCAACAUGCGUGGACCUUUUAGAUGUUAUGGAUACUACAAAAGUAGCCCAUACAUCUGGUCAGAGGCCAGUAAUACUCUGGAGAUAUAUGUCUCAGGUUUCUACCAGGAUAAACCUAAUCUGUCAGUCUUGUCCAGCCCUGUGGUGAUGCCAGGUGGGAAAGUGACCCUCCAGUGUGUCUCAUCAAAGCCAUUUGAUUGCUUGAUUAUAACUGGGGAAGAUCAGGAUUUCUCCAGCCCACCCAAUGCACAUUGCAUUCACACUGGACAGUCCAAGACUCUGUUUCUCAACAUCUCUGUGACAUCCAGCAUGCAUGGACCCUUUAGAUGUUAUGGAUACUACAAAAGUAACCCAUACAGCUUGUCAGAGGCCAGUAACUCUCUAGAGAUAUAUGUCUCAGGAAAACUUCCUGUCAUACCCAUCCUGUCAGCUCAUCCAAGCACCACUGUGUCCUCAGGAGAUAAUGUGACCCUGCUGUGUCAAUCAUCAACCCCAGUGGACAGUUUCCUUCUGUUCAAGGAGGGUGUAUCUCACCUCUACAUGAAUCAAACUUCAAAGUCCCAAGAUUCUCAACAUAAGGCAGAAUUCUCCUUGAGUGCUGUGACGUUAGCCUUUGGGGGUACAUAUAGGUGCUUUGUUUCUCAAAGUUCAUAUCCUUACCUGUUGUCAAACUCUAGUGUCUCCGUGGAGAUCAUUGUCUCAGUACUGACAAGGUACCAGAAGAUGUUGAUCGGAGUCUGUGUUGGCUUCCUCUUGCUGCUGUUCCUUCUUGCCCUCUUUCUACUGCUCAGAUUCAGGCACCAGAACAAAUGCAGGAAUGGAGUCCAGACAGAGACCACCUUGCAGCAUCUUGAAGGAGCUGCAGAGCCAGUAACCAGAGACAGAAACAUCCAGAAGAGCUCUAUCCCAGCUCCUGCUAUCCAGGAAGAAAUCGUCUAUGCUACUGUGAAGGGCUCGCAGAUUAAGGACAACAUGGAGCUGGGCAUUAUGAGCCUACAUGAGGAAGAACACCCCAAAGACUUGUAUGCCCAGGUGAAGCACUCCAGACUCAGAAGGGCAGAGCCCACCUCUCCUCCUCUCAAGCCAAAGGAAUUACUGGACUCAAAGGAGGGACAGGCAAAAGAAGACCAAAUGAGAGACCAUCAGGCUGCUGCAUCCGAAGAACCCCAUGAAGUGACCUAUUCCCAGCUGACCAUCAUGACUCCAAGACAGAGGCAGCUGAACCUCACAUCUCCCAAGCAGAAAAGUACCACUUGAGACAUUAUUCUAGUGUUUACCUGUUCAGGGAGAUCCAGACUCUAUAUUCUAUGAGGGAGGUCGGG